UGAAUAUAUAAGACAACAACUAUAAGGAAAAUAAAAAAUAGUUUGCUAAUAAUUGGAGAUCAAACCAAAACAAAAAUAAAACAUAAUGAAAGCCCAUGCUUGGGACUGGCUGCCAGUGCUUUUCGUAUUGGUAGCAGCUUGUUUGGCCCUGCGCGGCGAGCCAAGGCACGAAACUUGCAACAAUGAGAAGAGAUAUGAGAACCAGGUCAUGUGCGCGGGCGUACAGUUUGGCUAUCGGGCGCCCUAUCCCGAUAAUUGCAGCUUGUAUUUAGUUUGCGAUUGCGAAUAUCCCACCGUGCUGCCAUGCCCCGGCCAACUGUGGUGGAACAAUGACACGCAAAACUGUGACUGGCCACAAAACACGAAAUGCAUUUACUAUAACAUCGAUACAACGCCCAAGACAACAAAAGCGACCACAGCUGCCACUCCGCCAUCCACAACACCCAUGACAAGCACAACAGAUCAAAAUUGGCCGACAAGCAGUUAUGAUCCGCCACCGCCACCACCGGGCAUUCCUUUUACAUUCUGUAGGAAUUUACCCGACGGUUCGGUGCAUCGUUAUCCGUACGAUUGCAAUGCCUAUAUUAACUGUACCCACGGCUAUCCAGUCUUAAACUAUUGUGAGCCCGAUAAGGUCUUCAAUCAGGUGCUGCUCAUUUGCGAUACGCCCGAAACUGCCGACUGUGAGCCACUGCCAUUGCCGCCAAUAACAACCGAGCACCCAACAGAAACAACAACCGCAGAGCCAACAACAGCCACUGAAGAUGUGGAGUGUGGUGCUCCGCCGUUUGGCAUUGAAGAGGAUUACUGUGUACCAUUGGGCAAUGGCUUCUACGAAUACCCCUACGAUUGCAGCGCCUACAUCAGCUGUCGCCAGGGCUGCACGUACAAGGACUUCUGCAUACCUGAUAAACUCUUUAAUCCAAUUUUGCAUAUAUGCGACACGCCCAAUUCGGUGCACUGCAAUCCUAAGCCGUAUCCAACAACAACUAUAGCCACAACGCCUGGAUCCACAGAAGACCCGAGCACUUCGACCAAUGGAGGAGAAAGCGUAACGCCUGACAGCAGCACCACAACCACCACAGUAGCAACGACAACAACACCAGCCUUGCCAGCCGAUGUGGAUCCCGAUCUCUGUGUGGGAUUGCCCGAUUACACACGCUUCCCCUAUGCAGCCGAUUGCUCUCAGUUCCUGCAGUGCAGCAAUAAUCAAGUGAUAGUGGGUCAGUGUGCCGAGCCGCUGCUCUUCAAUCCCGAUUUUCUCAUUUGCGAUAGCGCGGAUGACGUUAUCUGCUAUGGUGAUCGCACGACAACCACAAGCACAACAAGCACCACGGAAGCGCCCACAACGACAACUAGCAGUACAACGGUAACGACCACGCCCACCACAACACCCGGACCAGACAAGCUAUGUGCAAAUGAACCAUUUUACACUACAUUCCCGUAUGUGCAGGAUUGCACAUCGUACAUCCUAUGCCUGGGCGAUGGCGAAUACUAUAUUGCAAAAUGCAUUAGUAAUACGUACUAUGAUCCUAAAACUGGCGAUUGUGGAGCAAAUGUGUUACCGACAGCUUGCAGGGAGCAGGACACAACUACAACAAGAACAACCGAGGCCACGACGGAAAAAACAACAACGGAAGUUGUCACCAGCAUUUCGACACCCACCACAAGCGUGGCAACAACAACAAGCCCAACUCCUGGGCAACCCGGCGGCAUAUGCGGCAGCAGGGAUGAGGGCGAGCUGAUUGCCUAUCCAAAUGACUGCAGCAAGUACAUUGUCUGUGUGACGCCAAUUCCGGUUGCCUUCUACUGCAGGCCCGGUUCCUACUUUAGCGCCAAGCAGCAACAGUGUGUGAGCUGGGAGGACAGCGAUUGCGACAAGGACACGGCUACGACACCUGGUUACACAGGGCCGCCAUUGGAGCCGACAAUGUGCACGAACAGCAGUCGGGAUACGUUCCCCUAUCCCGAGAACUGUCAGUGGUUCAUACGCUGUGUGAACGAUUACAUCUACAUGAUGGAUGUGUGUAACUGUGGCGAAUACUACGAUCCGAUAAACGGCAAAUGCGGUGCGGACGUGCCAUCCGAUGCCUGUCGCUGGGACUAUACUUCAACAACAACUGAGGCAACGCCAACACCUACAACGACAGAGCCAACACCUGUGACGCGGCCACCGCCGCAAGAGGGUCCCUGCGAUGAUGCAGCUGAUGGCGAACUGGUGCCCUAUCCCGACGACUGCUCCAAGUACAUCAAAUGCGAUCGCCCAAUAGCCGCGGCAUAUGAUUGCGCUGAUGGCGAUGAGUUUAGCCCCGUGUUGCGCGAAUGUAUGGAGGCUUCGCUCGCCAAUUGCACAGUUGGCACAACGCCAGGUCAUACGGAAUCAACAACGGGCCCAACUACACCCAGCUGGCCAGGUUCAACCACGGGCAGUGACACGACAACCGACUCAACUAGCAAUCCAGCCUCAACAACAACUCCCGAAAUUUCCACAACUUCUGAGACUUCCACAACACCUGAGACAAGUGAGCCCAGCAGCAGCACAACCCCUGAAACAACAACAACCCAAAGGACUACAACGCCAGCACCCUCUGGUGGUAUUUGCAGCGGAAAGCCCAAUGGAACUCUAGUGCCUUAUCCAAACAAUUGCGGCAAGUAUAUUGUUUGCCAAGAGCCUAUACCCAUUGGCUAUGACUGCCCCGAGAAUUUGGAGUUUAGUCCCACAGAAUUGGAGUGUAUGGAUCCGGAAUUGGCCAAUUGUGAACCCAGACCAACAACGGCGACAACAACAGCGCCCACAACAACAGAAUGGACAACGACCCCUUCAUGCGACACAUCACCCAACACGACUCCAACAACUCCUACGACCACAACUACGCCAGAUACCACAGCCUCGACAACACCCGAGACUAGCGAAACGGAUUCUACGAGUACAACUCCUGCAACCACAACGAUUCAUCCAGAUACACCCAACAUAUGCUGUGGUCAUCCUCUAGGUACAAUUUUGCCCUAUCCUAACGAUUGUAAUCGUUAUGUUGUCUGUGACUAUCCGAUUCCCUACGCUGUCGUGUGUGAAGAGGGAACAGUGUUCGAUGUAGAGUAUCUGCAGUGCACAACCAACGGCAAAGGAUCUUGCAUUUAAAAAAUAAAGCAUUAGAAACCACGAAUUCAAUGCUCAAAUCAAAAAGUUCCUUUUUUUGAAAAUUGUAUUUAUAUUUGAAGUAUCAAUAAAAAUAAAGAAAGCACAU